CUUAUAAGGUUGAUAUGGAAGCACUUUUAUAUUCCGCCAUACACACGACGUCUUAUUCGCUUGCCCUUAGUAGAUGACUUUUCUUCCUUAUACGCCUAUUUGAGGUCGAUGCUUUGAUCUUAUCUGCCUUCUAUCUUGGCUAAACAAUCUCAUCGUGUCUGCCGGUCAUGGUGGCUUUUUUUCCAACUAAGCUUUACCUGAUAUUUAAUACCCCUCAUAAAAGUUAAUAGGUAUUUUCUACUCGCUAGCUACAAUUAUUUCCAAUUCAACCCCUAAAUAUGGCAUCGCCUUCAUACAAUGACGUCCAUAAGGACAUAUAUGGUCAGAUCCAUGAGAAACUUGAAAGGAAGGAUAUUUCCGGUCGGCGUUUUGCGACAGUCGGUACCACCCAAGCGGUUCUGUCCCCUUACAAUCUAAAGCGCUUAUUCGGCACUUUGGUACCUACAGACGACUCGUGGGAAACGCAUUUUGGGCCUGGGGUUACUGCAGACCUUCUAGCCACUCGAAUCGAAGAGCGAAAACUUCAUAACUUCCUGGCCAUCUUAAUAUACGCUCGCUGCAGUACGGAGUCGCUUAAGUACUUCACCAGGGAACUUCUCACUUCUCCCUUAGACUCAAACGGCUGGCCAAUUGCCUAUAAUGAAGAAACUACGCUGGAUCGGCUUCCAGCAACUCGUGGACAACUCGAACAGAUCCUUGGCGCAGAUAACGGACCUGAUAUUAACAGCUUCAUGGAUAUGCAACCUUGCUUUUGCCCUAUCGUGCUUUAUGGUGGGGAUGUCCAGUCCGCUGAUGGAAAAAAUCAAAGGUUACCUUAUAUGACUGACGAGGAAGAGAUUGGUAUGGGGUCUUAUGGGGUGGUUUAUCGAGUUGUUAUAGCUAAGGGGCACCUGGUGAACAAAUACACGUCGAUGGCAAAUUCAGAACCUCUACCGAUGGCCCGAAAGGAUUUUGAAAAGAAUGGCCACUUCCAAAAAGAACUCGAAACCAUGAAGCAGAUAUUAUCCACGCCUCGAAAAUCCAGAAAUAUUGUGGAGACAUUCGGCAGUCUUCAGCUCAAUGAUAAUAUAUUCAGCUUGUUUAUGCCGCUUGCGGAAUGCGAUCUUCGAGUAUGGAUGCGUAAUAACCCACCUCCUAUUCUCGAUUCAGAAAAGGCCGAUAUUCUAGGAUGUAUGUCAGGCCUUGCAGAUGGAUUAGAGUUUCUUCAUUCCGAGAUCAAGGACUCAAAUGGCAAUCGGAUGGUGUGUUACCAUAUGGACCUGAAGCCGGCAAACAUUCUUGUCUUUUACGAUAAAGAACACGGGAAAAUGGUUUGGAAAAUUAGUGACUUUGGUAUGUCGCGUGUAAAAGUAUCUCAUAAUCACACCGACACAGUUGAUCGGGAUAUCAGCGUCUUAUUCGAUAGGAGGAGGGGUGACACUUCGGUGUCAGGUACUGUGAAUCGCCGGCUAGAGGGCACCUACCUCGCACCCGAGUCGAGUAUCUCGGUGCGUAAUAUGAACGAGAAAAGUGAUAUUUGGUCUCUAGGAUGCGUCAUAGACGUCGUUAUAACAUAUAUCAGCGAGGGGCAAGGGGGUAUUGAUACCUUCGCGGACGAACGAGCAACUGUUUCUAGAAGUUCUGGAGCAGGAGACAAAGAUCAUUUCUUCCUCAUUAGCCGAUCUCGAAUUCCGAAACCUCAUCCCGCAAUAAAAGCACAUCACAAGCAUCUCAUUAAACAAGCUAACUUCCGCAAUCCAGAUGAAGGCAAGGUAAUGAAAGAAGUAUUGAACUAUAUUGAGGAGAAAGUCCUUGAGUUAGAUCCUAAACGAAGAGAGCCGGCGAGACGCGUUAGGGAUGAACUCCUCGACACAUCAGCAGCUUACCGACAAUUGAGCGAGAACUCUGAGAAGUAUGGAAGUUCAACCCGGGAAGGAAUUAUUUCGAGUAUCACUCCUCGAUGGUGGAAAAGACGACAACAUCAAGAUGGAACGAGGUUAGAAAGCUGGUGGAUUUCUGAUUCAAGGGCAGUCUCUGGAUAUGCCAUAGCCUCUACCGAACCGGUCAUCGCCUAUUGGACAGAUACACGUAUCUCGCUAUAUGAUAUACAGUAUUUUCAGCGACAGGGUGAAAACAAGGAGGUUCCUAGUUACGAAAUACGUGGAUCCGAAGCAUGGAGAAGCGUCAAAUUGAACGGAGCGUAUCUGAUUGCUUCAAUAACAGGACGCAAUUCUCACAUCUAUCUUUUCGAUAUCAAAGGGGGGAGGUUACCAGGGCUGAACUUUGACUUGAAUUAUAAAGUUGAACUUCCGGUUGAUAAUCCUAGUCGAAUUGGCCGAAUAGCUAUCUCACCAGGUGGCAAAGUUCUCGCCUGUGUGGUGCCACGGGACUUAGAGGCUUCGUGGAUAUAUCACGCUAGAAUAAGCGAUUUGAUCGAUCAUAAAACUCACAGAGGAGAUUCCGAAAGUACAAUAUCAUCUGAUGAAACACUUCAGUACAUGAUCACUGCUGAAGAACCAUGGGAUAGAUUACCAGUUGAUGCUCCGGCAGGAAGUAUAACACAUUUAUCAUUUUCUUCUGAUACAGCCCUUUAUUGCGUUACGCAACCCGAUAUAUCAGAAAAACAUGAUAUCAAAAUCUAUUACGUGUCACUAUUGACAAAGCGUGUGAGGAUUAGACCUGUGGAGAACCCCACUCAAACACCAUCAGGGGAAAUCGACAGUGGUAACUGGGGCCGCCUUCUCACAGGCAUUACCGUGGUAAAUGACGAACCAACAUUCGCAGUCGUACUCUAUGAAAAUCAACUCCGCAUCCGAAAUUUUGGCUUCAUGAACCAAAUACCAAACAUUGAUACGACCAUUAGGAACUAUUUCAUUGGCAAACUGAUUAUCAACAAGCAGAAGUCACGUCUCUUUGCCCUGGCGUCUAAGUCUGGCAACAGCACGAUGCUACUAGUCGAAUUACCCUUAUCUCAUCUUGGAGAUAGAGAAAAGCCUCAAGAAAUCAAAGUACUUCCCGACCUUAGUUACAGAGAUAAAGUUACUGCCAUGCUUUUCAACGAAGGAAAUGAGGGAGACGAAGAUGGGGGGUAUAUAAUCAUAUUAGCGUAUGUUGCUACUCGAUUGAUGCUAUACAAGAUCAGCCUUUCAAAGACAUGAACAAUGGGUGAUAUGAGGCGUGUGCUGCUUCAAUAGUACGCACCAAGGCGUCUUCAGAAAGCGGGGCACUAUAACAAGUACAAAUAUUGAUA